UUUCCCUAGCCGCCACUUCCUUUGUUUUCUGUCUCUCUCUUCCUCGCGGCAGCAGCUCACGCUCCUUCUUCCUUCACGGCAGAGCAGGGAACUUCCUCCCUUCCUCCCUCCUCCACGCAGGAUGGCCGAGCCCCUGCUCUAGCCGAGCUCCCACCCAUGGCGCCCCUCUCCCUUCUUCCCCCUACUUGGAGCUUCCCAUGGCGCCCCCUGCUCUCUCCUCUUCCUUGGCAGCCAAGUCUAGCCAUGGCCGAGUUCCCUGGGAGCACGCCGACGCCCUACUCUCCUCCAUGGCCGGCGCUCGAGCUCCACUCCUCCCCAUGGCGCCACCCCCUGCAGUUUCCCCUCUGCCUCGACGCCCCUCCCUGGGCCGACCUCGGCCUCGGCCAGGUAUAUGCCCAUGGCGCGCAUGGAGCACCUCGGUGUUUUGCCUCCAUUCCCGCCAGCAGGGAGCUCGCCGACCCAGCCCGAGUGCCGCCAUCACCUACACAUCUUCCCUCCAUACAUCACUGCCAGCAGCGAGCCCCCUUCCUCUUUUUCCCUAGUGCGGCAGCAAGGGGCCCCUGCUCGGACAGCAGCCAUGGCGCCAUGAUUCUCUACGCAGCGAUGCCGGUCCAAAAACAGCAGCCCUCGCUCGCUCUGUCCUCUACUCCACAGCACCGCCAUUGUCCUUGCCUAAGCGCAGUCCAAAUCCCUGCAACAAGCCUCGCCGAGCAUUGCCCCGCAGCAGCAUGCUCCUUCGCCUCGCGCGUUGGGUGCUCGACGAAUCGCCGCAGCGAGCCAUGCCCUCCGGCUUCGUUUCGGUCUCCCGUGCGCGACGACGCGUUCGUCUUCACGCCACGUGUGCAGCAACCACGACCGAGGUUUGAUAUGGACCGAGAGAUGAUGAUCGAGCAACUGAUGUGGUGCCAACCACAAGAUGUCGUUGGUGGACGACCUGCAGAAUGAUGGACAUAACCAGUAGAUGCUCGCCAAGCGAGUACCUCCCCCAGCAAACACUACAUAAGUGUUAAAUUAAAG